AUGCUGAAGGUUGUAGGGCUCUACCGUUUAUGUGGGUCGGCAGCUGUGAAGAAAGAACUCCGAGAGGCAUUUGAGAAGGAUAGCAAAGCAGUUACUCUAUGUGAAACUCAGUACCCAGAUAUAAAUGUGAUAACAGGUAUCCUCAAAGAUUAUUUAAGGGAGUUGCCUUCUCCAUUGAUAACUAAACAACUUUAUGAAGCAGUAUUGGAUGCCAUGGUAAAAAGACCUUUGAAAAUGACAGCAAAUGGAUGUGAAAAUGAUUGUAAUGAUUCAGAAUAUACAAUGGCUCUCUUGGAUUGCCUGCCAGAAGUGGAGAAAGCUACUCUAAAGAUGCUCUUGGACCAUCUGAAACGGGUGGCUUCAUACCAUGAAGUAAACAGAAUGACUUGCCAGAAUUUAGCUGUGUGUUUUGGGCCUGUAUUACUUAGUCAGUGGCAGGAAACUACCAGCCACAACAACAGAGUGUUCACUGAUUCAGAAGAGCUGGCCAGUGCCUUGGAUUUCAAAAAACAUAUAGAAGUUUUACAUUAUCUGCUCCAGUUGUGGCCAGUGCAACAUCCAUCAACUGAAGAGUCAGCCUUGCUGGAGCAGCAGUCCUCUGUGAACUAUCUGAGGCCUAAGAAGCAGCGGCCUCAAAUGUUAAAUUUAAGCGAAGUCUCUGGGAUCUUGCGAUCCAGGCCAGCCAGACUGGACAGCCCUUCAAGCAACCGCUAUGCAGGAGACUGGACUGCUUGUGGAGAGAACUACUUUGUCGGUCCCAAAGAAGCUCUGAGCGAAGCAGACUAUGAUGACGUCCCUUCAGAAGAGGCGGAAAGUGGGGACGAUGGCAGCCAAGCGGAUUCUUCCAGAACGCUGCUUCGGCGGCCCAUUUGUGUGUCCAAAGAACGCACCUUUCAGGCCUAUCUAACAAUGCAAACCAUGGAUUCUGCAGUGAACCAUCAAGUAAACCUUAAAAACUUGCAAGAAAGCAUUGAUACCCUGAUAGGAAACCUGGAACGGGAACUCAAUAAAAACAAGCUCAAUAUGAGUUGUUGAUCACUUUGCUUUGCCAUGUCUCCAGUUUUGUGUCCCUUCUGUUGUAUUCCACCAGGAGAGUAUAAGGAAAAGGAUUGUGUUUUGGAUUGGGGGGGGGGGUGUUGAUCUGUAUUAUAAUUGCAUUGGGCAAUGUUGGAGAUCACUGCGCUCGGUCUUUCUCCACCAUUUGAAAACUUGUUCCUUUUUAUAAAACAAUUCUGCAAUAUUCCUUGUCAAGGUACUAUGCACUUAGGAAAUUUGAACAGUUUAUCAAAGAUAUAUAAUGCCUCAUUUCUAUCUUUGUUAUACUGGAACAGUACACUUUGUUCCUGAAACCUUAGCCCUGGUACAGAUGUUCUCUCAGAAGAGAGAAGAUUAAUGUUGCUACUUUAAGUGAUAACACGCGGCACAAACUGUACCUAGGUCACGUUCUAUUAUUUUGACACAUUUUCACUUGCAAUGCAAAGGCUGCUAUGGGGGGGGGAAGCUUUUUGAUAGUUCAGUUGUAUGAAUAUUGAUGUAUUCCUAUAGUAACACUUUCAAGCAACUAUUUAAAACUUGCAAAAAAUAUUUUUCUAACUUUUGUCUUGUAGAUAUUUAUAUGUGAAAAAGGUACGCUUCAUUGCGCAGGAUAAGAGUUUCUUCUCUCUCCUCCAACCUGGUGCUCUGAACUUAACGUUAAACUACGGUUCUUUAAUCUCCCAGCAUAAUGGUGAUGAUGGUGGUGUGUGUGUGAGAGAGAGAGAGAGAGAGGCAGGCAGGCAGGCAGACACCAAAAUGUGGGGGUAGAUUAGCAUAGGAAAUAUCAUUUCUUCAUAGAGAGCAAGACCUGCCACUGCAUUAGGUGAUUGUGUAAAAUGAGGUGAUUGUGCACUACUUCUACAGUUUGCUCACCCUUUCUCCCCUGCUGAUGCGGGAGGUUAGUAUUUUUUAUGCCCUACUGGAGAUGUUAUACAUGACAGCACUGUAGAAAUGAAUAGGUGUAGCUCAGGGUUGAAUUGGGGAGUCCUUGGUGCUUCCUUGGCUGUUUGUUUGCAAAUGUUCAUCCAGCUAAGAAGCAUCAGCAUUUUAAUGGGUAAUGAAACAUCUGCAAGCAAACAGCCGUGCUCAGAUAGCACCAAGGGCUCCACAGGACAGUCCUGUGUCCAUCUGUCCCACUCUAGAUCGGACUAAAGAGAGCUGAAGAGAGACUUGCCCGUUGUGUUGUCAACAAUCACACAUAAGCAGUUGUGGGAUAUCCUGGACAAGAAAGUAGUUGGACACUGAGAUAUUUGAAGGUUGGAACUAAAAGCAUACAAAUUAAGGUAUCCAUGAUAACAAAUUGUCUAGACACAAUGGCCUGUUUGUCACACCUUGCUGAAAUUCUGUUUGUGAAACUAAAAACAUGUUUCUAGAGAUGCUUUGAGACUUGAUUGCUUGAUAGAGACCCUAGCAGCUACCAAAUCAAAACAUUUAUUGUGGUCCUAAGUCUCUCUUUGCAAGGAUUCCUGUUUGUGCCCCGUAAAGAAUUUGUGCCAAUGUUUUGGCCUCAAAAAGUUUUAAGGCAGCAGGUACUAACUGACCUCCACCUGUAUAAAAGAAAUGUUUGAUUGCAUUUGAGGACCUAAUGGCUACUUGCAAUGUGUGAUCCAGGUGUGCCUUCCAUGUCCCUAGCGAGUGGAAAACCACACCAAAGUAUCUAAAUGUUCUAACCUGUUCCAAACUGUAUCCUUUCAAUUUCCAUGAGUAUUGGCUUGGUCUUUUAGCAAAAACUAAAAUUUUUGAUUUAUCGAAGUUAAGGACCAGCUUGUUUUGCCUGCAAUAGCCGAGUGUUGCCCUAAUUGCUCUCUUCAGACCUAUGGGGGUUUGUGAAAUGAUAGCAGCGUCAUCAGCAUUUAAGAGAAUUGGCACUUUGCGUUGUGCUAGGUUAGGAGGAUGGAAAUCAGGGUUCUGUAAAAGAUGAAUCAGGGGAUUAAUAUAGAAGUUGAAGAGGGAGGGGAUUAUUGUGGUCCAACAGUUAUUCUACCAAAUUGUCCACAAAUAUGCACAUUUUAAAAAAAUGUAAUGACUUUAAAUGCAGAUCUUUAACCAGAUCAGCCUAAUGUUAGCACUGUGCAUAAGCAAUAAUAAAUGCAGUCCAGGGUCGAUUGUGUUAAAGCAUCUCCAAACGGAGUGAACCAUGCUUAGGCAUUAUAUCAGUCGCAUUGGAUUGGAAAUAUAGAAGCGUAACUUUGUACGCCAUUACAGGUAGUGCUUGACUUAUGACCACAAUUGGGAAUGGAAUUUUGGUUGCUGUCGUUCAGCAAGUCGUCACAUGACCACAUUAGUCAUUUUACUAUGGUGGUUAUAACAAAUCACUGUGGUCAUUAAGUGAAUCCUGGGUUGUUAAGUCAAUCACAUAGCCAUAAACGCAAGCCAGUUGCCAAUUGGCUAAAUGGUGAUCAUAUAAUGGGGUAGGAAGGCUAGUGUGAUGGUUGCAAUUGCGAGGAUGGAUCAUAAGUCAUUCUUUCCAAGGCCUUUGUAAUUUUGAGCCAUCAUUAAAUUAAUGGUCAUAAGUUGAGUGCCUUAUGUGUAUUUUGUUCAGUUUUUUUCUCAAAUAGGGAAUUUUCCCUUCUCCUAUGCUAAUGGGAAGCUCCUCGUUUUUCAUAGUUGUGCUGCUUCUUUAUUUUGUGAUAAAGAACCACUUAUUAUAUACUUUAAACCUGUUCCCCCUAAUCCAUUUCUACACCUUUAUCAAUUCUAGGGAGACCCCCAAAGAGUUUGCCUCUUUUUCAAAGGUUAAUAUGGAUGAAGAAAGUGCCUGUUAAAGUAAAUGUGUUUCAAAUGGCCUGAAACAUUUUGAAGGUCUUCAUUCCAAUUGGUCUAGCUUCUUUAAUCCCAAGAAUGUCCUUAAGUGCUAAGACGAUCAAUGUAUUGUUUAUCUUGCCAGGUUUCUUACAUGAAUAUUGGCAGCUUUUCCAGUUUGUUGUGGGAAGGGUAAAUUUAAUAAAUCCUGACUGGAUUGGUCUGCAGAGUUUUGAUAUUCACUGUGAACCAAAGUAAAUAUAAGCCUGAUGAAAAUUUAAGUUCUGUCUGCAGUCAGGCAAUAAGGCCUAAGCAGCAAUAAAUUAUAACCAGGUGCCUCUUAAAAAAAGAGAGAGCAAUGGAGUAGAGUACCUCUUAAAUGGCAUUCCUUUAAAAAUGCAAGUUAGCAAACAGGGGAAGCCAUUAUCUUUUAAAGAGUGUUAUGAACACUAUUUGCUUUGCAUUAACUUUCAUCAACUGAUGUCUUCAGUUGUUUGGGAAUCACAACUUUCUCAAUUCAUCUAGGAAUUCUGGGAAUUACAGUCUUAAAAUAGCUGGAGGGUAAGGAAAGGGUACCCUAUAUCAUAGGUCUGGUUUCCUCCCUGUUUCUUUAUAUUAUCAGUUCUCUCUCUCUCUUUUUGAUCUGGUACAAGUGCUAUUUAAUUUGUUCCUUGAUAUUGACUAUUAUAAUUAUUUUAGCUAUUUAUUGACAAUAGGAUGACUGAAUUUGGUAUAUGAUUUUUGCCACAUUUACCUUAAAGAAAUAUUUCAGCAUUUUAUACAGUCUGGUUAAUUUAUUAUGAUGAGGAUUAUUAGAGUGGCGGUACACAACUACAGUCAUUUCAAUAUAGUGAUACAGUUUAAAAACAUAUAUUUUAACCUGAAGCAUUUAUUGAUAAGCUGACAUAUUUUUUAAAGCAUAUGUACAGGAAGUGAAUUAUUUUUGAACUAUGUUAAUUCUGAAUAAAACCCAAA